GGAGGAGGAGUUAGAGGCGGGGCCCUCGGGAGAGAUAAAGCACCUCUUUCCAGUCCGCAUUCUCACGAGUGGGGCAGGACGCAAAGCAGGAGCCUUUGUCUGACCCGUGUUCUGCAUCAGCAUCCGUCUGAACCUGGUGAAAGAUGGAAGAGCAAGAGACAGAUGCCGCUGAAGAAGGAAGAGGCGCCGAUCCCAUCAAAAGCGAGAGCAGUGAGGGAUUCUGGGAAAGGAAUGCACAGGGGAUCCUGGGUAAAGAGGACGCCCUCAGCUCAGAUGCUCAGCACCAGGAUUUCAGGCCAAUCCGCAACCAGGAGGCCAAGGGACCCCGAGAGGUUUGCAGCCGACUGCACCGUCUUUGCUGUCAGUGGCUGAAGCCAGAGAGACACACCAAGACUCAGAUCCUGGACCUGGUGAUUCUGGAGCAGUUCCUGGCUGUCCUUCCCCAGGAGAUGGAGAACUGGGUCAGGGAAUGUGGAGCAGAGACCAGUUCCCAGGCGAUGGCCCUGGCCGAAGGUUUCCUCCUGAGUCAAGCAGAGGAGAAGAAGCAGGAAGAGCAGCAGGUAAAGGGUCUGCUUGUGGAAAUUGGAAGUGAUUUCCCUGACGCAGAGAGAUCUCCGCUGGAUGGCAGAGAGAAGCCACUGGGUGAUGGGAUGAUGUGGAGAAGAUCUACUCAGACAUCUCUUCUCUGGAGAGGAGAAGGAGCUGCUGCAGAACCAGAUCAGGGUCCAAUAUCUUUUGAGGACGUGGCUGUGUGGUUCACCGAAGAGGAGUGGGCCUUGCUGGAUCCUGACCAGAGGGCUCUGCAUAACGAAGUCAUGAAGGAGAGUGUUGGGAUCCUGGCAUCUCUCGAAUGUGAUGAAUCGGAAAUGAAGAACAAGGAAGAACUACACGUAAAAGAGACCCAGGGCCGAGACAGCUGUAGGAAACGAGAAGAGCAAAGGAGGAAAAUCGAAGCAGAAAAGGAAAGGAAGACGCUUCUAAAGGACAGUGGCUUUCAUGUAACCUCAGUCCAGGAAAAAACAGAUGAUAGAAAGCAAUGUAGUAACUGUCUUGUUCAAUGGGAAAGUCUUGGUUCAAAACACCAGUGUAAAUCCUACUGCAAAAAUUACAAAGAGGAGCAACCAUAUAAAUGUUCUGAGUGUGGAAAGGGGUUCAGAGACAGUUAUAGCCUUUCUUGCCAUCAGAGAAUUCACACAGGAGAGAAACCAUAUAAAUGCUCGGAAUGCGGAAGUAGCUUCAGUAGCAAGCAAAGACUCGUUUAUCAUCAAAGAAUUCACACAGGGGAGAAACCGUAUCAGUGUCUGGAAUGUGGAAAGAGCUUCAGAGAAAAGUUUACCCUUUCUUCUCAUCGAAGAAUUCACACAGGAGAGAACCAAUAUGAAUGCUUGGAAUGUGGAAAGAGCUUCAGUGACAAUUCUACCCUUUCUUCUCAUCAGAUAAUUCACAUGGGGGGGGAAUCAUAUAAAUGCUUGGAAUGUGGAAAGAGUUUCUCUCAGAAGUUACGUCUAACUAUUCACCAAAGAAUUCACACAGGGGAGAAGCCAUAUCAGUGCUUGGAAUGUGGAAAAAGCUUCAGAGAAAAUUCUAGCCUAGCUUCUCAUCAAAGAAUUCACACAGAGGAAUAUAAAUGCUUGGAAUGUGGAAAGAGCUUCAUUAGUCAUUCAAAACUUACUCGGCAUCAAACCAUUCAUCCCGAAGAGAAAUCAUAUCAAUACUUGGAAUGUGGAAAGAGCGUCAUUAGUCAUCAAGAACUUACUCAUCAUCAGACAAUUCAUACAGGGGAGAAACCAUAUAAAUGCUUGGAGUGUGGAAAGAGCUUCAGGCACAAUUCUACCCUUUCUUCCCACAAAAGGAUUCAUACAGGGGAGAAACCCUAUAAAUGCCUGGAGUGUGGAAAGGGCUUUAGUCAGUGUUCCCCUCUCACUCGCCAUCAGAGAAUUCACACAGGGGAGACACCAUAUAAAUGCAGUGAGUGUGGAAAGAGCUUCAGUCGGAAGAUACAACUCGGUGUUCAUCAGAGAAUUCACACCGGGGAGAAGCCGUAUCAGUGCUUGAAGUGUGGAAAGAGCUUCAGAAACAAUUCUAGCCUUUCUUCUCAUCAGACAAUUCACACGGGCAAAAAGCCAUAUAAAUGUUUGGAAUGUGGAAAGAGCUUUACCUUAAAGAUGAACCUCAAUACCCAUAAAAGAAUUCACACGGGGGAGAAGCCGUAUAAAUGCUUGCAAUGUGGAAAGAGCUUAAGCAGCAAGGACAGACUCGCCGACCAUCGAAGAACUCACACUGGUGAGAAACCCUUUAAAUGCUCAGAAUGUGGGAAAAGCUUCACUGCGAAGAUAAAUCUCACUACCCACAAAAGAAUUCACACGGGGGAGAAACCCUAUAGAUGCUUGCACUGUGGAAAGACGUUCGCUCAGAGCCACCAUCUCACUUACCAUCACAGAAUUCACACUGGGGAGAAGCCGUAUAAAUGCUUAGAGUGUGGAAAGAGCUUCAGAAACCGUACUAGUGUCAUUUACCACCAGAAAGCGCACACUCCAGACACACAAUAUAAAUGCUCAGAAUGUGGAAAGUGCCUCAGUCAGGAAGCGGAUCUGGUCGAUCAUCAAAAAAUGCACACCCAGGAGAAACCGUAUGUAUGCAUGGAAUGUGGAAAAAGCUACGCUCUGAAGAAUUGUCUUAGAAAACAUCAAAGAAUUCAUACAGGUGAGAAACCAUAUAAAUGCGCUGAGUGUGGGAAAAGCUUCACUGAGAAGUCAACUCUCACGACACACGAACGAGUUCAUACGGGAGAGAAACCCUAUAAAUGCCUGGAGUGUGGAAAGGGCUUUAGUCAGUGUUCCCCUCUCACUCGCCAUCAGAGAAUUCACACAGGGGAGAAACCCUAUAAAUGCCUGGAGUGUGGAAAGGGCUUUGCUCAGAGUUCGCAUCGCAAUCUUCAUCAAAGAACUCACACAUCAAUGGGCAGCAAACCAUAUAAAUGCAGUGAGUGUGGAAUGAGCUUUGGCGGGAAGAUAAUUCUCAUGUACCAUCAAAGAAUUCACAAUAGGGAGAAACCCUAUAAAUGCUUGGAGUGUGGAGCGGGCUUCAGGGAACGCAACCAUUUGACUUCCCAUCAAAGAAUUCACACAGGGGAGAAACCCUAUCAGUGCUUGGAGUGUGGAAAGAUCUUAAGGCACAAGACAAGUCUUGCUUCUCAUAAAAGAAUCCACUCUGGGGAGAAACCCUAUCAGUGUUUGGAAUGUGAAAAAAGCUUCACUCACAAAAUAACUCUCAUGCACCAUCAAACAGUUCACUCUGGUGAGAAACCACAUAAAUGCUCACAAUGUGGAAAGAGCUUCACUUUGAAGAAAAACCUCACUUCCCAUCAAAGAAUUCACACCGGGGAGAAACCGUAUAAAUGUUUGCAGUGCGGAAAGAGAUUCAGUCAGAGCUCCCAUCUCACUUACCAUCAGAGAAUUCACACAGGGGAGAAGCCAUAUAAAUGUUUAGAGUGUGGAAAGAACUUCAGCCAAAGUACUAGUCUAAUUUAUCACCAGAAAUCGCACACUGCAGAGACACAAUAUAAAUGCUUGGAUUGUGGAAAGUGUCUCAGUCAAGAGGCAGAUCUCAUUAAUCAUCAAAAAAUGCACACCCAGGAGAAACCAUAUGUAUGCGUGGAAUGUGGAAAAAGCUACACUCAGAAGAACUGUCUUAGAAAACAUCAAAGAAUUCAUACAGGAGAGAAAAAAUAUAAAUGUUCUCAGUGCGGAAAAAGCUUCAUUGAGAAGUCAGCUCUCACGACACACCAACGGGUUCAUACGGGAGAGAAACCUUAUAAGUGCCUGGAGUGUGGAAAGGGCUUCGCUCAGAGUUCCCAUCGCAAUGUUCACCAAAGAACUCACAAAUCGAUGGGCAGCGUAUGGGAGCAGCUUUCUUCAGAUCUCCAGCCUUUAUUCCCACCAAAAAAUCCAUACAGCGGAGAACCCAUAUAAAGACUUGGAAUAUUAAAGGAGCUUUAGGAGCAGUUCCUAGCUUUCUUUCUAGAAGAAAAACCCAAAUAAAUGCUUGAAUUGCAUAUA